AUGGGGUCGUACAGUACGUCAUCUUGUUCAGAUGCCUCGGGGCGCUCAAAAAGCACGGCUCCCACAAUAUACAGUGACCGGCCGACUUCAAAGCGUCAGGAAGAAGAGGUAGAUCUUUACGACUAUGAGUACGACGACGAGGACGUAUAUCCUUGGGACUCUGCAUCGACCUUUGAAUCGGACGACUCGGCGGACGAGAUCGAAGAAGCCCCAUUAUACGAAGUGACGGACCGCAAACGUGACAUCUUCUUCGCAGACGUGAUCCCAUCAAGUUCGUCAACGUUUGCCAAACUAUUCCCUUCCUGUCGGAGGCUGCUUAUCCGGCAUGAUGAUGCAACGCUCGAUGGGAACAUGAACUUGCGCGUGGACACCAUGGUGCCGCACCGCGCUGGCUAUCAGCAAGACGUAAUCCUCUUCCACCUCCGCAUGUAUGACUUGUUCGCCAGAAAGUUUUCAUUUCGUCGCUACUGCAGAGAAUCAGGUCGCGAGGUCUGCCACUCAGAGAGGAGGACGGUGUCAUCGAACCUUGACAAACCCCCAAUGCUUCAACGCUCAUGGAGUAGUGUGCUGGCUAGCCUGCGACCAGGGUCAAGUGCACUGGGUGGCCAUCACAGGAGACGGGGCUCGGAGCAGAGCGCGCUUGACGACGAAAUCAUUGGUUCCAAGGGUGGUGUCGAUCGACCAGCCGCACUUUCCGACAGCAUAAUGCUGGAGUUCUCCAACUAUGCCCACAUUGAACUGAAGCGUCGAGGUGCAGGAAUGACAAAGCGGUACGAGUAUGAGUACUGGGCCACGAAAUACCAAUGGAGGCGCGAGUCGCGCAAAGAUGGUGAUCUGCGCGAAGUCUCUUACCACCUAGUCAACACCCGAACGUCGAAACAGGUUGCCCACAUUGUGCCCGAGAUCCUAACCCCGAUAGAGGCGAUCGAGGAGGAAAGCAAGGGUGGCUGGAUCCCCCCAUCCUCCAUGUGGAUCAGUGAUCCUUCUGCCUUCAAGAAUAUGAAUGAUGUUGCCGAUGUGAUUGUAGCUACAGGGCUCAUGGUACUGGUUGACGAUUGCAUCCGGCGGCGAUGGCACCGCAGCGGUCCUUCCCCAUUCAUACUCCCGAUGCGAGCAUCGUUCUCAAAAGGCAUGGACCGGAUGGGCCCAAAGCGACUGAUUGAUGAGGUGUUCAACCGCGCCCCUUAG